AUGUUCAGGAAGGAUGCCGCCCCCAGGCUCACGGUCGGCAGACCCGGCUUUGGCAGGCCGACGUCCACCCCGCGCGGCAGCGAGUCGGGCGCCGUGGCCGCGACGUCCCCCGACAAGCACCGCGCGAGGCUCCAGCCCCUCGGCAAGCGCGGCUCCGACGUUUCGGACCCCGACACCGUCGGGGACCUGCCUCUGAUGCCGGCACACAGCAACUUCCGCGGCAAGGCCUUCUCGGCGCCCCGGCACUCCCUCUCGCCGGAGCACCUGGUGGUCCAGGACGACCCGCGCGGCGAGAACGUCGCCGCGGGCAUCCUCGCGAGCCCCGCGACGGUCGCGAGCCCUGCCAAGUGGACGCAGAUGAAGGCAGUGUCCUUCAUGAAGCGCCGGGGCGCGCAGACGACGGACCCGAACGCGGACCGCCUCACCGCGGCGUUCCAGGGCAUGUCGAACCUGUUCCGCACCAUCGGCGACCACCUGCGCAUCACGUCCGAAGAGCAGCGGCGCAUGACGGAGGCGUUCUGGCGCGACCUGGAGACCGCGGACGCCGAGGAGGCCGAGCAGCGGCUCGUGGAGCUACAGCGGGCGGUGGACCGGUACGACCGGGAGCGGGUCGCGGCGGUGCGCAUCCAGCGCGCGUGGCGCAGGAGGCUGGCCCAGCGCCAAGCGGUGCGGGCGGCGCGGCGGCAGGAGCUCAGGCAGCGUGUGGCGGAGCACGAGGCCCAGCUGACCGCGAUGUGGGACGAGGAGGACCGGCAGAUCGCGGCGAGGAAGGAGGCGCAGAGGGUGAAACGCUUGAAGCAGGGUCAAGAGCUGAUCAUGAAGCAUGUCGACCAGUACAUCGAGAAGCGGCGCGAGGCGCUGGCGAGGCUGGGAAAGGUCAUGCCGGGGCAGGGCGGCGCGGACGGGGAGGGGUUGGAGGGGGAGGACUCUCGUGCUGAGAGUGCGGGGGGCGGGGUGCCGACGGUGACGUGGGCGCAGAUCACGAAGUGGCGCGCGGAGCGCAAGGCUGGGACGAUCGGAGACGUGGAGCUCGUGCUGCUGCGGCAGUGGGAGUACAAGCUCGAGACCGGGAGCGCGGUGAUCGAGGACGGCAUAUUGUACGAAGUGGACGAAGUGCAGACGGCCUCGUCCGGGCCGCAAGCUCCCGACGAGCCCGCCACGCUGUCGCUGUUCACCAUCGAUGCCAACUUCUUCGACAGGGCGCGCUCCAGGACGAUGGACCGCAUCGCGAGCCGCAGCCGCCACGACGCGUAUGCUGCGUCGGACCAGCAGCCCCCGGGCAGCCCCGCGCCCAGCACCGAACCUCACAAGGCGCCGGAGUCCAGCCACAGUGCGCGGAAGCCGCCCCCGAAGAGCGUCGCGUCCUUCGUCGGACGGAUCUUCCAGGGCCACGUCCCGACGCGUCUCGCGAUCGGUUCUGCGUCGAGGGGCGUGUCUGCCAUGGACACGGUCACCGAGGGGGGUGACAUCGCCCCGCAAACAUCGACGGCGAGCCCGGGGGCGGGGGGCUCGAGGGUGGCCACGUCGCCCGCUGCGUCGUCGCGCAGGUCAGGGCAUAUACGUCGCGCGAGCGAGGCCGUCGCGGACGACGCGGGCGCGUCCGGGCCAUUCAGCGAGGCGUUUGGGGUGCGGCAGGGGGGGGGUGAUUCGCGGCACACGGAGCCGCCGGCUGACAACACGCUGUCUGUGGCGCGCGUCGGGCCGGUGCGGGACGCGAAUGGCAAGAAGCUGCGCAGGAAGGAGGAGGGGUCGGACGCGGACGUGCCGACAGGGUGGGGGGUGUCUGCAUGGAACGAGUCUGGCGAGGAGCACCCCCUGAUCGUCGGGCUCGGUGGUGGGCGCCCACCGUCGCAGGGCGUCGUCGCUCCGUCCUCGGGGAGCGGCGUAGAUGCGCCGCCGCAGGUGUUUCCGUCGGCCAACGACAAUGUUGAUGCUGACUCAGGAUACCUGCGGUGGGGGGCGUUCGGGGCCGCCCCCGCCAGGACAGGGCCGUCGCCGCGUGCAUCGACGUCGCCGCGGCCCAGGCACGUCGGAGGCGAGUCUGCGCGGCGCAGUCCCCUCCGCCCUCUGCAUGACGAGCUCGGCUGGGCCUCGCCCCGCCUCACGACGGCGCCGGCGGGCGCGAACCGGCCGAUCCAGAUGCAGGGCAUGCGCGCGGGGACAGAGAACCACUCUGCGAGCGUGCACGAUGCGGCCCUGGACCGCGACCGGCCGCGAUCGCGCCAACACCUGGGCUCGUUGCCAAGCACUGCGCCGGCCGUCGACGGGACAUCGCUUCUGACGGGCGCGCUGCGACGCGGCGAGAAGCCGGGCGGUGCGCACGUGGACUCCGACGGACAGCACGUGACGGUCUGGGCGGCGGCGGAAGCGCUGCAGGGCGAAGCGAGCCUCUCGUCGCUGCACGUCGGCGCGCCGCCGCCGCCGCGGGAGCGCAAGGCGCUGAUGCCGGGCAACCGCUCGCUCCUCCAGGCCGCGCAGCGGCCCCGGUCGCCAUCGCGCGGCGGACCCGCGCUCGGAUCCCCGCCAACGACGCCACGAGGUCCAUUGGAGUUGGCGUGCGUGGCGAGCGCCCCGCAAGCCUCCGGCCAGCGCGCGCAGAACCCCCUUGUUGCCGUCGCGAACGGCUCGGCUGCGGCGUCGGGCUCGCCGUCCCGCCGGGCGGCGUCUCCGGAGCCUUGCCUUGACUACAGCCUCUCGCUGCAAGUGCAGCACCUCGGCGGGGCCGCGAUCGGGCGGAUGCUCGGCAAGCUGCCUACGCCUGACCGCAGCAAGGAGCACGUGGUGCGGAUGGAGAUGCGCACGCCGGAGAACAAGGCAAGGGAGCACAUGCAGCAGGAGGCACAAGCGUUCUUCGCGGACGGCAUGUCCGGGCGGUCGCUCACGCCGGAGGGCGUGUCGCUGGACAAGUUCAUGCGGCCCUCGGAGAGCCCGCAGCGGAGGGGUCCUGGGCUGGGACUCAUCGCGCGGGGGCAGCACGUGCGCGUGAAUCGGAGGACGAUGCCAGAGGUGCUGGGCGAGGGAACGGCAGUCGUGGACGAGGGUCUACCGGAGAUACGUGCCAGCCAUCGGCGGGCGCCGGAAGACGAAGCAACGGCGUCCGCGACGGCGGUGACGCCGCACGGCAUGACGCACCGUGCGGCGACGCGGUACAAGCAGGAGACCCCCCCCUGCCUGCAGCGCACGAUUCAUUCGGCGCUGAAGAUCGGCUGGCAGGGCGGAGGGUCGAACCCGCUGCCGCAGGUGCACCAGCUCGGGUUCGGGAUGGCGGAGGUGGAGCGGGACACGUCGCCGGAGCACACGCGGCCUGCUUGCCAGGGCAUCGUGGGGCGCCUGUCACCGGACCCGUCCACGCGGCGAGUGGGCAGGCUGUCGCUUUCGGCGACGCAGGCCGGGCUGCGGCCGCGUCCACAGCGGACAUCGCCCCCGCGCUUCGCCGUUGCCCCGCGUUGA